GUGUUAUUUGCUUAUUUUCAAGAUGGGUAACAAAGCUACGACUGUGAAAGAAGAACGUGAAGUGAUCCACUUGAAGGUUGUACCUCCAUUGGACAAAGUUUUUCUUCGUUGGCUUGCGAGAGAUCUCCAGAGAGUUCACGGAUUCAAACCGAGUAACAACACUCGUGCGAUCACACCUCCGGAUAGCUACAUUGAGUUUAUGCGGUUAAAUGGAUCCCUUGAUGUGGAUUUAGAUGACCCUGCUCUUGCCCAUUUGUUCAAGUAAAAGAAAGAAAAAGAAAAAAAAGGUUCUUUUGGUGUCUGUGUUUGUUAUGUUAAUGAAGCUUUCAAAGUCUUUGUAUCCCAUCUACCUUAUGAUUACUCCAUAGUCCAUACAUAAGCUUUUUAUAUUGAAAACUCGUCUAUAGAUAUACUAUUAUCUUGA